CCCAGUUCUACCGGUUGGAGGGUGUGUGGCUGACAGAGUCGGGUAUGUCCCUGCUCCGCAGCAUCUCCAUGUCUCCGCUGCACAAGAGACGGCAGCGUCGCUCUCGUCUCGGCACUCUGUGCUGUGAAGGAGGUCCUGAUGGAAUGGAUCUGAGGGAGGGUGAAGAAGGGGAAGAUGGAAAAGGCUGUGGGGAGCCUAUGGAAUGUGAUACCAAGAUGGAGAACCCUGGGAGCCCUGACAGAGAAGGUGGUGCGGAGGGAGGCACUGAAGGCAUGGCCGACUGCGAGGGUCUCAAAGGCGGAGCAGAGGAGACAGAUGACAGCAAAAAACGCAAGCGGAAACCUUACAGGCCUGGAAUUGGAGGCUUCAUGGUGCGACAAAGGAAGUGUCACACACGGAUGAAGAAAGAAUUUUUCGCCCAGCUGGCUGGAGAGACAACAUUAGAUGGACAGCCAAUAGAGAGAACCAUCGAAGAAGGACCUCAUCCUGACACAGAUAACAUAAUGGAUCCUAAACCGCCGGAGGGCGAGGAACAAGCAAAGAAACGUCGGGGACGGAAGAAGAGCAAACUUGAGGACAUGUUUCCAGCAUAUCUCCAGGAGGCUUUCUUUGGGAAGACACUAAUAGACUUGAGUAAGAAAGCUGUGAUGACACCCCCAGGGCAGAGACCAGGUGCAUUUCUUGCCCGACCUUCAUUACCAGCUCCAUCAGGGGUCAAAACAACUGCCACAGAGACUGAGGAUCGUGUAGUGAAAGAUAAUUUUCCUGUCAAGCAAGAAGGGGGUGGAGCCCCCCAGGCUCAGGGAGAAGGUGCAGGAGUUUCUGCACCAUCCUCAUCGCUGAAGGACCAGGCGUCAACUGAUCCUCAUGACUCUGAUGCAGAAAAAAAUGAAGGUCUUCCACAAGGGAUGGAGAGUCAGGACUCUGAGCAGUUCUUCAGGAAGGUUCUGGGAGUGUCAGACGGCUCCUCUUUGGGGGGCAUGAAGCCCAUCUUGGAGGGCAGUAAGGGAGAACUCAAUCGUAGCGCUCUGCCACAGAGAGCUCUCCUCUCAGGGUCCCUGCCCUCAGCUGGAAUGAUGGAUGCCUUUCCUGGCCUCUCUCAGUCACCGUUCUUUGAUAUGCGGGACCGAGGAGGACUGUUCAGUCCAGAUGGGGGUGAGGAGAGCCCCUGGGCCACUCCCUCUACCCCAGCAACCCCGUCCUCCCCACCAACGCCCACCGAGGCAGAGGGUGAUGGACUGUCCUACAACCAGCGCAGUCUCCAGCGCUGGGAGAAAGAUGAGGAGCUGGGAGAACUUUCAACCAUUUCCCCCGUGCUUUACGCCAAUACCAACUUUCCCACUCUCAAACAGGACUACCCAGACUGGGCUAGUCGCUGUAAGCAAAUCAUGAAGAUCUGGAGGAAGGUGUCAGCUGCUGACAAGGUUCCAUAUCUGCAAAAGGCCAAAGAUAACCGAGCAGCUCAGAGGAUCAACAAGGCGCAGAAGCAGGCAGAGAGUCAGGUGUGCAGGCCAAUCAAGACAGAGGGAGUGCGUGUGAAGACAGAACGGCCCAGUUUACACCUCCAGAUCCCUCCACCUUCAGGCUCAACGUCGAUCUCUUCCCAGCCCAGCUCAGCAGAAAGCCCAUUUCCCUUCCCCCCAGAUUCAGGAUCAUCCUCUGUCUUUUUCUCAGAUGGACCUCUUAAGACCCCGGGGUCAGCUGAAAUCCGGACAGAUCCCUUGGCCAAGCUUCCUCCUCAGUCACCCCAUUCUCACUCUCACCCAAACACACCCUUCUCCCAUGCAGGGGCCAGCCCCUUACAGGCCUCUUCCUCAGGUUAUUCCGCUUCCGGCCCACAGGGUCCUCCUCAGGGACGGCCAGCCAGUCUUGGCCCCUUUGACAUGCAACCAGGAACUCCUGGAACCCCCAGACGGGCUCAGCAGGUUGACCCCUACUUCAGAUCACAGCUGCAGCAGCAACAGGGUCAUCUACCGCAAUCACAGCAAGGCUCCCAGGAGUCUCUAGGACCUCCAGAAAGUCCUCAUUCAAGAGGCGCAGGGCUUGGGGAGUCACCCAUCUUCUCACCACCCCACAAUACCCACUAUGGAGACCCAUUCAGAACCCAGCAAGGGAUGGGACGGCCAGAAUAUGGCUCAUCCCCAUCACCCUCUGCAGUGGCUUCCUCACCUGCAAGCACAGGACAGUACAGGGCUGAUAUGAGUGCACCUUCUCCACGGUCCUCUGCAGUUGGAAGACCUGAUCUAUCCACUGGCUCUCCUGCUGGGAUGCUGGAGUCUGGAGAUGGUUUAUUUAAGGCACCUAUGACGCCACGAAUGCACCAAGGGGAGGGUGGGGCACUUCAUCCUGGAGCUUCCCCUAGCCACCCCUCUGAAGGCUACAGGCAGUCUCCCUCCCAUUCUUUCUCUGACCCCCACCCUCAGCCUCCACUGACUCCCAGGCCGCAGUCAGGCGACAAUUGUUCUCUCGGACCCCAGAGACACCCUGUAGCUCAGCAGGAACUAUGCCCUAGAGUGGCCUCCAGCCCACAGUCCCAGGGCAGCUCUCAGUCUCCUCACACUCCUGGUGGCCUCUCCAAUGACGCUUACUCUGUCCAGUCUCCUGCUACCCCUCGUUUCCAAUCCCCAGACCCUUGUUCUCAGCCACCUUCAAGGCCACAAUCUAGAGACCCUUUUGCUACUAUCCACAAACCCCCUCGCCCCCCCUCUGUUGCCCCAGAGGGAACUGCAAAUUAUAAAAGCUCACCUCAUCCUAACCAGCCACCUCCACCCCAUCCCACCAACAGUUCCAUCGGGGAUUCUCUCUCUGGUAAACCGUCAGCACCUCCUACUUUCAGCCGCAGCCCCAGCACGGGAGGCUUCCAAAUAAACCAACAGCAGAAUCAGAUGUUACAGGGACAGCUUCAGCAACCCCAGCCACAAACUCAGCAGACUAUGGGGCCAGACAGUUUCAGCUCCAGGGUGCCGCCUCCUUCUGGAUCCCAAGAACUACCAGCUGCCCGCCCUCCAGACGCACCUCAUCAGCCAGCUUUGCCAGGCACUCAAGAAAUGCCUGACAUUUCAGCAGUGCAGGACCCCGCGUUAGUAGGCCUUAGCCCCUCUGAGCUGGAGAAGCACCGACAGCGACUGAGACUGAGGGAAUUUUUAAUCAGACAACAAAUGCAGAGAAAUUCCAUCAGACAAGAGAAGGAGGCUGCUGCUGCUGCGGCUGGCAGUGCAUCCCCUGGCUGGUCUGGAGGAGAGAUGGGAGCCUUUCAGCAAGACAAGGCCCACAGAGCACCACCACCUUAUCCACAGGAUCGUGUUGCUGCUCCAACUGCUGGACCUCAGGCUUCUGUGGCAGGGAAGAUGCCCAUGGCUGUUGGAGGUAUGGAGGACAAGCUCCCUCGCCCACCACCUACAGGAACCCCUGCCAUCAUGGAUCCUAGUGCACUAAGGCCACCAGGGCCCACCAGACCUCAGGGCAUGUUUGCCCGUCCACCAUUCCCGCCUCAGUGGCAGGGCCAGGCUGCAGGUCCAAGGAGGUUCCCCCAACCUGGCAUGGAGGCUAUGGGCAUAAGGCACAAUCUCAACCCUGCUGUCAACAUCCAGGGUAUGGAAGGCAUGGGUAACCCUCACGCCAUGAUACCAGGACAUGGAGGAGAGAACAUGCAGCCAAUGGGUCAAGGACCCCCACCACAGUUCAUUGAAUUAAGACACAACUCACAGAGGCUACCCCUACGACCUCAGUUUAUGCCCCGUGGACCCCAGCCCAGACCACGUCUCUUUGUCCCACAGCAAGAGAUGGCAGCAUCUUAUGUUCAGCAACAUCCCAUAGCUCAAGCUGGUGGCAUUCAGACAGAGGGGGGCAGCAACUCACAGCUGGGGUUACAGCAGGGCGGACUGUCAGUUUUGCUGCCUCAGCAGUCUACAGGCCCCGCAACACAACAGCCCCACAUGCAGCCCCAGGCAGCUACUUCAACUCCAAACAUUCCUAGCACUGAGCAGCAUCAGCUACGACAACCAAGCAUAGUCACACAGCCCCAGCCUGCCACAGCAGAAAACAGUGAGGAGUUGCCAGAGCCUGACCUUGAAGGGCUUGGGGAUGCCCCAGGGGAUGGAGGUGUGGAGGAUGAGGAUGAUUUGGCUCUAGACUUGGACCCUGACAAAGGAGAUGAUGACUUGGGCAACCUGGACAACCUUGAAACCAAUGAUCCACAUCUAGACGACUUGCUCAACAGUGACGAGUUUGACCUGCUUGCUUACACUGAUCCUGAACUGGACCAGGGAGACCCUAAAGAUGUCUUCUCAGACCAGCUGCGGUUGGUGGAAGCAGAAAGUGAAGCACCGUCAUCUUCUUCUGGAUCCGUUAAAGUGGAAGGAAAAGCCAAGGUGGAGCCAGGGAAGAAGCCGAUCACAGCAGCCCCUGACUCUAAAAAGGGGUCUGAUACCCAACUGCCAUCUUCUGCAGUAACUGCUGAUAACUCCAAAGUCAAAGUAGAGGACAGAGGGCUGACGCCUCAGCUCCACCCAGGACAGACUGUGGUGAAAGAUGAAAUAAGAGAGGCUGUGUCAAUGCUUCUUGGUGGGACCGAACCAUCAGCCAAGCCUGCACAAUCAGAAAACCAGUCAGCUUCACUCAGUUCUGUUCGAUUAGGGGGACUUCCGUACCCUCUGCCAGGCCAAGCUGAUGCAUUGCCUUUUCCUCCAGCUGCUCCACAUGCAGAUAUUGGCGAUGACCCACUGGGGCUGCCUGACGUAGGGGAACAGCACUCCCCUGCUGUAGAUUUGGCAAAGGUAGAGAGCUCUUUAGAUGGUGAACUGCCCCUUCUAAUACAGGAUCUGCUGGAGCAUGAGAAGAAGGAGCUGCAGAAACAGCAACAGCAGCAACAGCUUAGUUCACUCCACCAGGGAGGCAUGGCACCUCAUUUUCCUGGCCUCUCAAGUCAACAGCCGAACCCACAGGCACCUGGACAGAUAAUGCUGCAACACCACCAUCGUCCACCACCCCAAGGAAUGAUGGCUCAGCCAGGAAUGGCACCUCGUGCUCCGCACAUGUUGCAACAACAGCAGCAACAAAGGCUCAUGGGACCUGGAAUGGCACCUCCACCUCACAUGAACAUGGCCCAGCAACAAGCCAUGGUCAGGAUGGGGCAGCCAGGGAUCCAUACGGGUAUUGGUCAUCAACCGCAGCAGCAGCCAGUGGUUAAACCUCCUCUGGCCAACAACUUCUUCCCAGAUAAAGAUUUAGACAAAUUUGCUACUGAUGACAUCAUGGAUCCCAUCGCCAAGGCAAAGAUGGUGGCACUAAAGGGUAUCAAGAGAGUGCUGGCACAGGACCCAAUGGUUGUACCCUCUGGCAUCAACAGGCAACAAGUUUCUCUGCUUGCUCAGAGGCUGGCCUCCGCCCCGGGCACAGACCCAGGUCAACUUCCGUCUGGACCCCCAAAGGAGGGAGAACCAAGUGAUCCUACCCAGUCAAGACCUAACCCUCCUCAGUUUGUGCAAGGAAUAAUCAAUGAUGCAGAACAGCAUCAAUAUGAAGAAUGGCUUCUUCACACUCAGCAGUUACUACAAAUGCAGUUGAAAUUUUUGGAGGAACAGAUUGGAGUUCACCGCAAGUCACGCAAGGCGCUGUGUGCUAAACAGCGCACUGCAAAGAAAGCUGGCAGGGAGUUUGCUGAAGCAGAUGCAGAGAAACUGAAGUUGGUUACAGAAGAGCAGAGCAAAAUUCAAAAACAACUUGACCAGGUACGCAAGCAGCAGAAGGAGCACACCAAUCUCAUUGCAGAGUAUAGAAGCAAGCAGCAGCAGCAUCAGCAGAGCUCAGGUAUUCUUACCCCUGGUCAUUCUGCACAGGGAGGGCCCCCUCACAUGUUUCCCAAAAUGCCAGGCCAGAUCAUGAUGGGCCAACAGGGAGCACCAGUUAUGGGCCAGCACCCUGCUGUGAUGCCCCAAGGUGGAAUGCCCGUCAGGAUGCCCCAAGGGCAGCCCUUUAUUGGUGGAGCCCAACCCCAGCUUCCUGCAGCUCUCGGACCCGGUGGUCCCCGAGCCCCAGGACCUCCUGGGGCUCCAGCAGGAUUCUUCCCACAGGGGCCUGGAGUGCAAGGUGCAGACCCCAGGCUUCUCCAAGAAAGACAACUUCAACAUAGGAUGCAAAUGGCAAAGCUCCAGCAACAACAGCAGCAGCAGGUAAUGAUGGGCCAGCAACCCAUGCCACACCCAAAUCAACAAUCAGGCUUAAUUGCUCAGCCACCGUCAGGUAUGAUGGGGAACCCACUAAUGGCCCAGCAACAAACAAACACUCAACAAGGAAUGCUAGCCACCCAGGCCAGUCAGCAGACCAUGGUGCAGGUUCCACAAGGAAUGGUUGGAGGUCAGUCUGUGGCUCCAAUGCCACAGAACCUUGCAGGAGGCCAACCUAUUAACCACGCUCAAGCAAUGAUGGCAGUUCAACCAGGAAUGAUGGGGAACCCGCAAGUUCCACCAUCCCAGCAACAGAGGCCUCAGUUGAUGAUGGGUCAGCAGGGAAUGGUUGGAUCUCCUGGUCAUCCUGGCCUCAGAGGUCCUCAGGCCCAGUUGACUCCACAACAACAGAACAUUCUGGCCCAACGCAUGCUUGCAUCUCAACAACAACAGCAGCAGCAGCAAAAUGUUGCAAAGAAUUUGGCCCACCUUCAGCAGCAGCAGCAGAUGGCACAGCAAAGACAACAAACACAGUUGAUCAGUCAAUCCAGCCAAGAGCAAGGAGUACUCUCCCAACCCUCGACCCCUCAGAUGGGCUCCUCGCCUUCAGCAGGAAGUAUCACGCCGCAGCCACAGGGAGCUACAGACAACCAAAACUCAGGUCCCAAAGAGGGUGGGAUCCUCAGCCCUGAUUCACGAACACCACCACAGCAGAGUGGACCCUCCACUCCCAAUCAGAUGUCCCAACUAGGCUCUGCAACUGAUCAUCAAACAGACUUGGGGCGUCAGCAGUUACAGCAGCAGCAGCAGCAGCAUCAAAACUCAGUGUAUUUGGCCCAGCAGCAGCAAGCAAAUCCUCAGUCUGUACCUGAGCAACAAACAGGUUUGGUUGGAACCCAACAGGUUGGUGUGCUUCAGCAACAUCCGCAACAACAUCCCCUCACUCACCAGAGGCAAGGUUCCCUCAGUGUUGACAAGCCCAUUUUGAAUACUGUUAAACAGGAAGGAAAACAAAUUGAUUUCUUAGCUCAGCAGCAACAACAGCAACCAGUACAAAAUGCCAUGCAGCAGGCACAAGAUCCCAACAUGCAGCAGCAGAUAGGCCAGAACCAUCCUGGGCAGCCACAGCCUGUUAUGAUGAGCCAUAGUCAACAACAACAAGCCCUCAUGGCCCAGCAGCAAAAACAACAGGCCAUGAUGGGCAUGAUGAGAGCCCAGCAGCAAGGGAUGAUGGCACAGAGGCCUGUGGGUCCACCUGGACAGAUCCGCACCCCUAUUAACAUCCAGGCUAUUAUUGCCCAAAACCCUCAGCUCCGCAAUCUUCCACCGAACCAGCAGAUACAGCACAUCCAGGCCAUGAUUGCUCAGAGGCAGCUCCAACAGGGACAGAUGCUGCGGAUGUCAAUGGGGCAAGGCCAGCAAGGUCAGUUGAGGCCUCACAUGCCACCAGGACAGAUGCCACAGAUGCCAUAUGGAGCCAUGGGGAAGCCAGGAGCAGUGGGCACUCAGCAGCAGGCAGGCAUGUUGGGCCAGCAACCUGGCAUUGCUCCCCAAAUGCAGCAGGGGAUGAUGGUCCCUGGGCAACAACAACCACAAGUAGGGGAGAUGAUGCAGCAACAUAUUAUGAGAGGCCAGGUACCAGUGCCACCUUCCCCUGUGGACCAGGGCCGCAUGGUACGGCCAACAUCUCCACGUCAGCCCAUAGCAAACUCUCCUGGGGAUCCACAACGGCAUGCAUUUAAUCAAGGGAUGGGCAUGCGUCCACCCACUCCCAACCAGAACCAACAAGCACUAAUGGCAGCUGCAGCAGGCCGCAUGCAGGGUUCUCCAUCCCAUGCAUAUUCUCCAAGAGGUCCCUUUGGCAUGAGCCCAGCCCACCCGGCCUCACCUCAUUCAUCCCACGUCUCCUCACCUUCUAUAGCUGACAGUAGGGCUGGAAGGGGAAGUCCGUACAGCCAUGUCAAGGCAUCUCCACUCAGGUCACCUGGAGCCAAGAGUCCGCUUGAUUGUCCAGGACUGAAAGUAGAAGCUCAGACAUCAGGCAGUGAAACAUGUCAUUCAGCCUCAGUUAUCCCCAACGGUCCACAGAAAGGCACUAAUGUUCAGCAACAGUCGCAGCAGGUCACAGAGAGCCAUGGUCCUCACACACAACAGGGCUCUAGACCAGUGGAGCUAUGCAAGAUGACCCUUCAGAACAUUAAACAGGAGCCAAGGGAGGUUCAGUGUGAUGGUGCACCAGAGGAUCAUCCUGGGGCUAUAAAGCGAGAAGCAACGGGCGAGGCAGUUACUUCUGGGAACAACACUAGCUAUAUUAAUGCUGGAAACAUGGCUGGCGACCCUGGGACUCAAGGUCCCCGGUCUGAGACAGGACAGCAACUAUUACAGAAACUCCUGAGAACCAAGAACCUUCAGCUUGGUGCUCAGAGGCCGUCUGAAGGCAUCCACAAUGAGAUCAAUGGCCACAUCAACAGCAAACUAGCAAUGUUGGAGCAAAAACUUCAAGGGACUCCACGAAAUAUGGAGGAUUUACAGUCUAUAACAAAAAGGGCUCCUCCACAAAAGCCAAAGCGCACUAACAAGGCAGCUGGAGACCGAGGGCCUAAUGCACGGAAGAAGAAUAAGAAGGAAGAAGUCGGGAAAAGUGCCGAAGCCCUGAUAAAACAACUCAAACAGGGUCUCUCUCUGCUGCCCCUGAUGGAGCCUUCAAUCACGGCCAGUCUGGAUCUGUUUGCCCCUUUUGGAAGCAGCCCAGCUAAUGGCAAAGCCCAACUCAAAGGAUCCUUUGGAAAUGCAGUGCUGGACAACAUCCCAGACUACUAUUCUCAGUUACUCACAAAGAGUAACCUCAGCAACCCACCAACACCUCCAUCCUCCCUGCCACCUACUCCUCCACCUUCAGUCCAGCACAAGCUGCUGAAUGGAGUGACUCCUGGGGAGGAGAUGUCCGAGGGUCAGAAACACACGGAGCCAGCAGAGGAGCCAAUGGAUUCCGUUAAAGAGGAUGUGAAGAGUGUAGACAUCCUUGCAGCUCUUCCCACCCCACCACAUAACCAGAAUGAGGACAUCAGGAUGGAGAGUGACGACGAGGAUGCCCCAGAAAGCAUCAUCCCAGCAUCAUCCCCAGAGAGUAACGUAGGAGAUGAAACGCCACGUUUCCCUCACCUACGGGAGCCUAAAGAGGAGGAGACGGAAAGAGCAAUAUCCCCCAUCAUCCCCCUCAUACCUCGCACUGCCAUCCCAGCGUUCCCAGAAAACAAACCAUUUGAAGCAUCUGAUGGCAAGGUAGUUUCCACAUCCAACCACUGGGACAAGGCCAAAAACAACGAAGUGUCUGUUACCUUCACGUUGUCCUCUGCUGCAGCAAAGAAACUGAACGACGUCAUGGUGCACAUGGCCCAGCUGCUUAACAUUAAGAUGCCAGGUUCUUAUGAGGUGACUUUCCCUCCCCAAAACCCUGACAUGCCUGGAGUGGAUGGGCCUGGGAAGGGAUCCGACCAGUCAGGGGCUCUGUGUGCAAAGGACGGUGCUUCACCCAGUCAGGAUGAGUGGCUAAGGCAAUUUGACGUGUCUCUACCAGGCUGUACACUAAAGAAACAAGUGGACAUUCUGGCACUUAUAAAACAGGAAUUCCCAGAUAAAGAAGACAAACCGGCCCAGCACUGUUACACAACUAAAGUAAAUGACUUGGAUGUGCGGCACCUUCCCAGUAUACCAGUGGAAGAAUCUCCACCCCCAUCACCGUCUCCUCCACAUCCUCCCCCACCUGUCCCUGAACCAGCUAGUGAAGCUGAACCUUCCAAAAAAUCAGCUUCGCCAUCUCCACCUCCCUCCAGUCCCACCAACGCCCAGGUCACGACUGAGCCUGAACACGAUGAUGUUCCUCCUGUUGAUGCUGCUCAACCAACUGAUGUCACAGAGCCUGAAGUUGCUGCUCCAGGGUCAGUUACUGAUCCAGCAACAGUCUCUGCAGUCCCAGAUGCUACUGCCCCUGCUGCUCCUGCUGCCCCUGCUGACCCUGCUGCUCCUGCUGACCCUGCUGCUCCUACUGACCCUGCUGCUCCUACUGCCCCUGCUGCUCCUACUGAAGAUAAUCUAAGUACUGUUAUCAAGGAAGAGGACUUGGCCACUGAUGAGGCUCAACCUCCUAAAAAUUCUCCCAGUAAUAUGGACUCUUCCCCCAAGGCCAUCAAGCAGCGCAGGCCUCUCUCCCCUGAUGAGGAGGUGGUACAUCCCAAGGUGAAAAAAUGGAAGGGGAUUCGCUGGAAGCGUCUUCAGAUUGUCAUCACAAUACGCAAGGGUGGGUCCAAGAAGGAGAGUAGCCGUGAAGUGUCUGAGCUAAUGGAACGCCUGCGCAUUACUCUCCGACCAGACAAGCUGCCUCGGGAUAAACGCAAAUGCUGCUUCUGCCACGAGGAAGGUGAUGGAGCCACAGAUGGGCCAGCCCGGUUGCUUAACAUUGAUGUGGACUUGUGGGUGCACCUCAACUGUGCCCUGUGGUCCACAGAGGUGUAUGAGACGCAGGGGGGUGCCCUCAUCAAUGUGGAGGUAGCUCUGCGUCGUGGAUUGCGGACUCUUUGCGCAUACUGCCAGAAAACAGGUGCCACAAACAGCUGCAACAGAAUUCGCUGCCCGAAUGUUUACCACUUCGCCUGUGCCAUCCGGGCACGCUGCAUGUUCUUCAAGGACAAGACCAUGUUGUGCACCCAGCACAAGCUGAAGGGCCCCAGUGAAGACGAACUCAGCAUGUUCGCUGUUUUGCGGCGUGUCUACAUCGAGCGCGAUGAGGUGAAGCAGAUCGCCAGCAUCUUACAGCGAGGCGACCGUAUCCACCUGUUCCGUGUUGGUGGUCUCAUCUUUCAUGCCGUUGGUCAGUUGCUACCAUCCCAAAUGGCCAACUUCCACUCACCCACCGCCAUCUUCCCUGUUGGCUAUGAGGCCACACGCAUCUACUGGAGCACGCGUGUGCCCAACAAGCGCUGUCGCUACCGCUGCCGCAUCAAUGAGGAUGAAGGUCGUCCCCUGUUCGAGGUGCGUGUCCUGGAGCAUGGCAUGGAGGAUUUGCAGUACCGUGACACUACUCCAGAAGGGAUCUGGGAGCGAGUGGUUCAGCAGGUAGCUAAACUACGAGAUGAAUCAUCCAUGUUGAAGCUUUUCACCGAACAUGUCAAGGGAGAGGAGAUGUACGGCCUCACAAUUCAUGCUGUCAUGCGGAUCACGGAGUCGUUGCCUGGAGUGGAGAACUGUCAGAACUACCAGUUCCGAUACGGCCGUCACCCACUGAUGGAGCUCCCCCUCAUGAUCAACCCCACUGGCUGUGCUCGCUCUGAGCCCAAAGUCCCCACACAGUGCAAGAGGCCUCACACUCUAAAUAGCACCAGCGUGUCAAAGGCCUACCAGAGCACCUUCACUGGAGAGCUCAACACACCAUACAGCAAGCAGUUCGUCCACUCCAAGUCGUCCCAGUAUAGGCGCCUGAAGACCGAGUGGAAGAACAACGUGUAUCUGGCACGAUCCCGCAUUCAGGGCCUGGGUCUGUAUGCUGCUAAGGAUCUGGAGAAGCACACCAUGGUCAUCGAGUACAUUGGCACUGUCAUACGCAACGAAGUGGCGAAUCGCCGUGAGAAGAUCUACGAGUUGCAGAACCGUGGGAUCUACAUGUUCCGCAUAAACAACGAGCAGGUGAUUGAUGCCACUCUGACAGGAGGCCCAGCUCGAUACGUCAACCAUUCCUGUGCCCCGAACUGUGUUGCAGAAGUUGUAACAUUUGACAAAGAAGACAAGAUUAUCAUCAUUUCCAGCCGCAGGAUCCCCAAGGGAGAAGAGCUGACCUAUGACUACCAGUUUGAUUUCGAGGACGAUCAGCACAAGAUCCCUUGCCACUGCGGAGCCUGGAAUUGCCGAAAGUGGAUGAACUAACCAGAAAAAGACAAAUGGAGAAUUCCCCUCUCACUGGUGCCAGAACACUCCUGCGCCAAAGCCUUUGAAUCCUACAUAGCCAGUGCAUAAGCUGUUCUGAAAGAUGUGGAGGAAGGCUGGCCUCCGUCAUUGAAAGACUAAAGCGUUGACACCUGUAGCCAAAGGUUUGAAGAGCAUUAAUCAAUAAAAGCAACCGACCACCUCCAUCGGCAGCAGCUCGAUGGCGGGACUAACUUUUCAUGUUCGGACUAGUGAAUCACCUUUUUCCUCAGCCAAAACCCCUUUCCCCCCCUCGACUGUUCUCAAUAACCUUACAGUGGCUGGAAAACAAUCCUCAACAUCUACCAAAUGAUUCUGACCCUCUGAUCUCAAUACCCGUAGUGCAGAGCUCACCUGGAGCUCCGACAAAAAGCCAUUUUUAAAAUACUAAGAAUGAACUAAUGAUGCAUUUUUAUGUUUUAAGUCGGACCUAUUUCCCGUCCCACCUGACCACACCUCCCCCUCACCUCCCAGAAAAGGCACUUUCCCCAUCAAGUCAUCAAUGAAGACAACACGGAUAUUGGCUAGCUAGACAAUCCUGAUGUGGCUCUGUGUAAGAACUACAUAUGAUCGAUGGAGAAAAAAUUUAAAAAAACAAAACAAAAAACAGAUGUAAGUUAAUAUAAAAUCUGAGAUGCUAUUGAUCUGUGGCUCCAGAGGCACCAGAUGUUCUGACUGUGUGGAGUCCCAAGGUGGGUUAGUUGGACCCAGUCUACCUCAUUGAUUUAGCGGGAAGCGACUGCUUUGUAUAAAAACUGUUAACUGCUACUGUGGAACGGGGGGGGGAGGGAAAGGGGGGAAUGUUUUUAUGGGCUUAGCCUUCUCGGACAAGCAGGGAAUCUUAAGCAGCAGGUUUGCUCUAUCUACUCUAUGCUGAUGAUGAUUUACAAUAAUGAGCCAACAUAAUUAUUAUUCAUGAAUUGUUUAUACAGAGGAAAUAUAUGACAGUUUUGAUAAGAUAUUGCAUUAAGAAUCACAAUCAGAAGCUUAGCGGGUGUCCUGUAUGCCACCAAAUCCUCCUGGAUAUUGAUGUAGCUUUUUCUUUUUUCGUUUUAUUUAUGCAUCUCAAGAAACCGUGUUAUCAGCUGUGUGAAAGCACAAUAACAUCCACCUUUUUAAGUUGCUUCAAGACAGUAAGGGUGUGAGUGAAUGGCUCUAGGAUCACAGAAUUAACCAAGUACACAUUUUGCUUGUCGCUUCAUACAUUUGAAGUUCCACUUUGCUGCAGACCCAGCCGGGUGGAUGCAUGACUACUGUCCCAUUUAAUGCUUUUUAAUUCCCCCACAACUCGAUCUUCUCACGACUCAACCUUAAACUUUGAAUCAUGCCUCUUCCUCUCUGUAUUAUUUAGUGGACUGUUGUUAAACUUUACUGUAGUAAGUCUUCCUCUGCCUGAGUACAGCCUGCAGUGUUUCUACUCCCCCCCCAACCCCCCCACCCUGUAGUGUGCUUUUCUAGUGCUGGUACUGUCCUCUCGAGGCUGAACGGAUGGCAGGGAAAGACUUAUUGGAAAAAAGGGCAUUUUGUUUUCAUUUCUAUGUAAGAUGAAUGAAAAAAAAGUCUUUAAAGGGAGCUUUACUAAAAACUCCACCUUCCCAUACUACUUUGUUUCCUCCUUCCCCCUAACCUAAGACCUCACAUGAUUUAAAAAUGCAAAGUUGUACAAACUGUAUAUAUAGUAUAUGCAUUAGGGGGACAGCAACUCUUUAUCCAGCCCCUUUGUAAUCAAUAAAGUCAAAAAGUGUAGAGAAAUAAAAAUUGAAGAAAAAAAAACCAACCACUGGAUAUCAUUUUAACAAAGAUAAAGCUGUAUAUAAAUAUAAAUAUAUGUAAAAUGGCAAACUAAUAUCUUUAUGUAUAU